AUGGAAGAAAAGCAGCCUAAUGAUUUCGCGAUACAGCCCGCACCGGAGACCGUCAAUCCGUGGCAUCCCAGCCAAUUUCCCGACGGCGGGAAAGACGCCUGGUUAUGUCUUUUUGGUGGAGCUUUUUGCUUGUUCUGCAGCUUUGGCUGGCUUUCAUGUGUCGGCGUCUUCCAGAACUACUAUCAAUUCAAUCAACUCCGCGAUCACUCGUCUUCGCAAAUCGCCUGGAUCGCCUCGCUGGAGAUCUUCAUGAUGUUUUUCCCGGGCCCGAUUGUUGGCUUCUUCUACGAUAACCAUGGCCCGAAAUACCUCAUCGUAUUCGGCGCUUUCUUCCACGUCUUCGGACUCAUGAUGAGCAGCCUUUGCAAGGAGUAUUAUCAGUUUAUCCUCGCUCAGGGCAUAUGCAGUCCUCUGGGACUCAACUGCAUUUUCAAUGCUGGGAUGGCUACGAUCCCGACCUGGUUCUUGAAGAAGAGAGGCAUGGCGUAUGGGAUCAUGGCCGCCGGAAGUGGUCUAGGUGGUGUCAUCUUCCCGAUCAUGGCUAGUCAUCUGAUUCCUGAGAUUGGCUUUGGAUGGACUAUGCGAACUUUAGCUUUCAUGAUCCUCGGCCUUCUCAUGAUCUCUCUUCUCACCGUCAAAUCGCGUCUUCCUCCUAGGCCCCGUGCGCUAGAAUUCAAGGUCUUCCUCGAGCCUUUCAGAGAUAUCCGAUUCGUUAUGAUCGUCAUCUCUUCGUGGCUCUUCUUCUUGGGCCUCUUCAUCCCCAUCAACUAUAUCGAGGUCCAAGCGCUAGCUGGCGGGAUGUCGUUUCGUUUAGCUGGGUACCUGCUACCCAUUCUCAACUCAACAAGCAUCUUCGGCCGUGUCCUCCCCGGCGCCCUCGCCGAUAAAGUCGGACCGUACAAUAUGCAGGUGGUCAUGUCCUUCUUCGCCGCCAUUAUAGUCCUUGCUCUAGGCCUCCCUGCGUCGAGUAACGCGGCAUUCAUAGCUUUUGCCGCUCUCUACGGCUUCGCAUCCGGCGCCUAUGUCUCGAUUCUCCCCGCUCAACUCACUAAGAUCACCAAGAUCGAGCACAUCGGCCUGCGCACUGGCGUUACUUUCUUCUGCCUGAGCUUUGCCGGUCUUGUCGGAAACCCGAUCGCGGGUGCCAUUGUUGAUGCGGAUAACGGGAAAUUCCACGGGUUGAGCAUAUUUGCAGGUGUGGUGAUGAUUGCCGGCGCCGUCAUGUUUACGAUGACGCGGAUGCUCUACGCGCAGUGGAAGCUCUUCGUGCUAGCUUAA